AUGGCAGUCGCGUCCAAGCUAUUGCCAGUCAUGGCGGCAUUCAUGUACCCGCUACUGGCCAAUGGUCAAGCUGGCAGCAUAGCCGAUAUCGAUCAUGUCGUGCUAUUUAUGCAAGAGAACCGAGCCUUCGAUCACUACUUUGGCACAAUGGCUGGCGUGAGAGGCUUUUCAGACCCUAAUAUUCAAGUGAACGAUGGCACGCCGGUCUGGAAGCAGAAAGUGGACGCCGAUCUCACGACAAAUGCAUCCUAUCUCAACCCUUGGUACUUGAAUUACCUGGGCGGAGACUGGCUCAAUGCUACGCAAUGCAUGGUCGCUGGUGACAACGGCUGGACGAGCAACCACCUAUCCUACAACUUCGGACUCAAUGACCACUGGGCUGUCAAUAACACACCGUGGAGCUGGGGUCACUUCAGAAGGUCUGAUAUCCCCGUUCAAUUUGCCAUUGCCGAUGGGUGGACAGUAGGCGACAUGUACCAAGAAUCGGUGAUUGCAUCCACCAAUCCCAACCGUGUUACAUGGGUAUCUGGUUCCAUCAAUGUUCCCGGAUCUCCCCAAGACUCGGACGAGGGUGGCUAUCCCUAUAUCGACAAUAACGAAACGCCAGGGUGUGACUCCCAGGGUAUCAACUGCUACCCAUUGGAGUGGCUCACCACGAGUGAGAUCUACGAGAAGGCAAAUAUCACCUGGCAAGUCUACCAGGACGCUGACAAUUUCGAUGACAACCCUUUUGCGUGGUUCAAGCAGUUCCAAGAGGCCGACCAGAGCUCUAGCCUGUACAAGCGAGGUUUUGAGGGCUUAAGUCUUGACACAUUCUAUGCACAGGCAGCCAAUGGCACCCUCCCGGAGAUUUCAUUCAUCGUUGGUCCGUCAGAGCUAUCUGAGCAUCCGCCAUACUCACCUCGAGACGGAGCCUGGCUACAGAAGCAGGUCGUAGACGCCGUCACAUCGUCUCCCAAGUACAGCAAGACAGUGCUGAUUAUAUCCUUCGAUGAGACUGGCGGCUUCGGCGACCACGUGUCCCCUUAUCACGCUCCGCAAGGUACACCCGGCGAGUGGAUCGAGGAUCCCUUUGCAGAUAUGGGAGAGGUAUUCGCCGGGCCUGGCUUCAGACUCCCCUUUUAUAUCAUCAGCCCUUGGACGCGUGGAGGUGCGGUAUAUGCCGAGCACGUGGACCAUAACAGCCAAAUUAAGUUCAUUGAGAAAUGGCAGGCUGCUAAGGGCAAGAACGUCACCUCCGACGAGAUGGUUCCUUGGCGCCGAGAACACAUGGGGGACCUCACGGAUGCAUUUGACUUCGCAAACCCGGAUUAUAGCAUUCCAAGCAUACCAGACGCUCCAGCUCCUCACAAGAACCUCUUGGGUGAGUACGACGGGGCUGCUCACUGUGAAGCUCUUUAUUUAGUACAGCGCCCGCCAGUCCCGUAUACAUCUCAGGUGGAGGACGUGAGCAGUCUCAGCGAAGAAGGCUUCAAGGAAAUUAGGGGUGCGCUGACAGAGGGGCGAUACCUGGUCUUUGAGAUGGAAGGCGUUGCCCUGACAAACUCUGGCUCUGGAAACGUCACUAUAUCUCCAGUUACGGCCAAGCACGAGAGCCUCGAGCAGAGGUGGGUUGUGCAUGUUGAGGAGGUUGGAAGCAACAAGUUUAAGAUCACCAGUGCUGUGGAUGGUCAGUAUCUGAAGAGCCAAGGAGUGCUGAGCCCUGAGGUCGGCGGACUCUACACUGUUAUAUUUGAGGCAGGCAAGGGAUAUGCGCUGCAGAAUAAGUGUGGCAAGUAUCUCGUUGCUGGCUUUGAAGGAGUUGAGUACAGCCGGGAGAUCAAGUACUGGAAGACAUACAGCGUAACGUAUGCCUAG